GAACGCUUUGGUUGUGCCGACAUGUGUACUACUGCUAUCGUGACAGUUACCUGGUUCAUAGCAAAUGUACAUUGUCUAGACAACACAGGCCAAGAAACAAAGUUCGCCGCAAAGAAAGAGAUUCAAGACGAAGAGCACCUCAAGCAGCAUCUUCAUGACAAAAUAGAUGUAGAGAAUAUGACAGAAGAGCAAAAACGAUUCCACUACUUUUCCAUCCAUGACUUGAACAGGGAUACUAAAUUAGAUGGCUUAGAGGUCAUCAAGUCCAUGUAUCACUAUCACGAAAAAGAAGAGAAAAAUGCACCGAAACCGAUGACUGAUGAAGCGAUAGAGACUAUAAUCGACGAUGUUUUGAAACACUUUGACAAAAAUUUGGAUGGCUACAUUGAGUACAAUGAAUAUGUGGCCGUAAUGACGAAAGAGGAGUUAAGUCUUGCUAUCAGUUUCGGUGGUAUGCGUGCCGCCGCUGUUGUCACAAUCACCUGGCUUAUCAGCGCAAAUGUUCAUUGUGUUGGCAGCACCUAUUUUGCACGCAAUGAAGAAAUUCAUGAUGAAGGGCAUAUUAAGCAACAUCUACAAGACAAGAUUGAGAUAGAAAAGAUGACAGAGGAACAAAAACGGUUUCAUUAUUUCUCAAUGAACGAUUUGGAUCAUGAUAAUAGAAUUGAUGGCACGGAGAUAUUAAAAGCUCUGACACAUACACACGAAGGGGAUACAGGUCUUGGUACUCCCGUACAAAAUGAAGAUGACAUGAUUUCCAUGAUAGAUGCUGUACUUGCGGACAUGGAUUUGAAUGGAGAUGGAUAUGUUGACUACGCUGAGUACUUGAAAAGGACAGGCACCUAAUGCCCAAGGAUUUGCACUCUAAUUCUUCUUUCAUAGUUCGUUUAGUGUUUUACAGUAUUACGCAACGGAUAUGAAUCUAAAGUUUAAAGUGGCCAAGCUACAAUGCUAACUUGAAAAAUCUCAUAAAAGGUAUAAAUGAAUCUAAUCUGCAUGGGUAUACAAAAAAUUUGUUCUAUAGCAACCAUUCACAAAGAAUGACAAUACUCGACUGUAUUGUACAAUAUUCGCAUCGACAUUACCAC